ACGUAGAGUGGUUCGAGAACGGGACGAGGGAAGACUGCUUAAGGAAGAGGGGACAUGAUAACAAAUAUUAAUGCAUUAAGUAUGACAUUGAUAAUAACGACGAGCUUGCCAGGGCUUGGCACUAAAGUAUCGUUACGCACAAUACAGGAUUUGUUUUUGGUGUGCGUUUCUCUUUUAGAAAACGUAGACUCCUAAACAGGUUUGUACAACUCUUCCUGUUGCGAACUAGGUGGAUAUCAAGUUCUUAUUGAAAAUACAUACGUGUACAAUUGAGACAUUGUAUGUCACCCCCGGGUAAAACAGCAAAUAUGGAUACAGUUGCGCAAACAGGUGCGGGAUUUGUUGACAGAACGCAUAGAAGUUUUGGCCAGACACCGUUAUUCGUGCUCAUGGUUUAGGGCGAGUUGGUAAGCUUUGAAACUUGUCGUAAAGCACGGGGUUCUCAGGACUAAAUGCGCCUUUCCUGCUAUUCUUCUCCUCUUCUCAGCGCUUCCUGCUUCUGGUGGCCACCGCACUUCAUGGCUAAAAAUGCAGAACUCAAAAUGGACAGCUAAACGGAGUUGAACUCUUCCGUUGGGUUAUUAUUGUCCAAUGAUCUGGAUAUUCUACAACCACCUGAUGCUCAUUUUGGUAUGAUGUGAUCCAUCCUGUGUUCUACACGGUCGUGGUUUUGCUAUAGUUGAAUAAGUUCACCUUUUAUUUCAUAUCUCAAGAAGCAGCACCUAAUCAUUGGUCAAUAUGUGACAAUUUGUGGUAUAGUAAUAGAGUAAUUUAGUGAGCUAUGUGCUCAAACCACGCAUUGAGAAACCACACCACAACAGUCGAGUAGAAAUUUGUUUUAUGGAGACAAUUCUGCCUUUUUACACAUUGGCACACUUGGUAGGACUGGUCACAUCCAUGGCCUCUGUUUGAUUGUUGCCAGCUCUAAUGGAAACAUCUGCAGUCCAUGUCAGGUUGCAUGAGAGACAUUUUUUAUCCUGUUGUCUUUGAACACGGUUGUGUUCCUGUUGGCCAGGCCUUUGAACAAAUUUCAUUGGUCCCUGAUGAGCCAACUAGACACAGACGAACGGGAGAGAGGCACAAUAAAGUACAUUAUUGUACUUUAUUUUCAAAAGCAUACAGAAUCAAACCCAGUGUCUGAACAUCUGCUCGUUGUGGCUCCAUGGAGCCGCUGAAGAACAUUUUUACCCGCGGCCCACUGUCGAACUGGAAAGGUCUGGAACAAUCACAAAAAGGGACCUUCACCAAUCCCGUGUGGACGGCUUUAUUCGACUAUGAGGCGUCCGGUAAAGACGAGCUCACCCUCCACAAAGGUGACUUGGUGGAAGUCCUGUCACUGGACUCUGAGAUAUCCGGUGACGAGGGCUGGUGGGCGGGCAAGGUCAACAACAAAGUGGGAAUCUUUCCCUCGAACUAUGUCUCCUUCAAGCCUCCUUCAUAUGGGAAACUGCAGGGCAAUGGAGUCGGCGUGGUUGGGGAGCUUGGGCCAGCCGUAGUGGGGGUGGGGGAGUUCGAACCGGAGGCUGUGGAUUUCAGGGAACUGAGCCUCGAGGAGGUCAUUGGGGUAGGUGGCUUCGGCAAGGUGUAUCGCGGUACGUGGAGAGGUGGGCUGGAGGUGGCCGUGAAGGCGGCCCGCCAGGACCCAGACGAGGACAUCAGCGUGACGGCCCAGAACGUGCGUCAGGAGGCCCGACUGUUUGCCAUGCUCACUCACCCCAACAUCAUCGCCCUCAAAGGGGUUUGCUUACAGGAACCCAACUUGUGCCUCAUCAUGGAGUACGCAUCCGGUGGCCCGCUGAGCCGUGCGCUGGCUGGGCGCCGCAUCCCGCCGCACGUCUUGGUCAACUGGGCAGUACAGAUUGCUAGAGGGAUGCUCUACCUGCACACAGAGGCCAUCGUUCCUGUCAUCCAUCGUGACCUCAAGUCUAACAACAUCCUCCUGGCCCAGCCUAUGGAGAAUGAUUGUAUGGAAGGGAUAACUCUGAAGAUCACAGACUUUGGCCUGGCACGGGAGUGGCACAAGACCACCAAGAUGAGCACAGCGGGCACCUACGCCUGGAUGGCACCGGAGGUCAUCAAGUCCUCAACCUUUUCCAAGGGCAGUGACGUCUGGAGCUAUGGUGUUCUAUUGUGGGAGUUGCUGACAGGGGAGGUUCCCUACAGAGGGAUAGAUGGUCUGGCAGUGGCCUACGGGGUGGCCGUUAACAAACUCACCCUCCCCAUCCCCUCCACCUGCCCAGAACCCUUUGCCCAGCUCAUGGCAGAGUGCUGGGAUCAGGACCCACACCUUAGGCCCAACUUUGCCUCCAUCUUGGUUCAGCUAACUGCUCUUGAGAGGCAGGUGGUGGAGGAGAUGCCUCAGGACUCCUUUCAUUCCCUACAGGAGGACUGGAAACUGGAGAUCCAGGACAUGUUUGAUGAGCUCCGAGCCAAGGAGAAGGAGCUGCGUUGUCGCGAGGAGGAGCUGAAGCGCGCGGCGGUGGAGCAGAAGUCUCACGAGGAGUUCCUGAGGCAGAGGGAGCAGCAGCUGGCCCAGUGGGAACAGGAUGUGUUUGAGAGGGAGCUCAGUCUCCUCAUCCUGCACAUGAACAACCAGGAGAAGCCCAACGUCAAGAAGAGGAAGGGAACCUUCAAGAAGCACAAGUUGAAGGGCAGUAAGAACGGAGAGAAGAUCAGCAUGCCUCAAGACUUUAUCCAUAAGAUCACUGUCCAGGCGUCUCCGGGGCUGGAGAAGAGACGCAACUCUCCCGAUCUGGGCACCGGCACCUCUCCCUCUUUCGGCCCACGCUUCCGAGCAAUCCAACUCAGCCCUAGUGAGAACAGCAGGGCGUUUGGUCUGAGCUCCAUGUGGCCCCUAGAGGCCCCUCCCCACAACAAGCAGGCCAACGGGGACUGGCUGGGGCCCCACUGGAGGCCCCAGAGCCCUAAGAGUCCCAAAGUUCUGCGCCUCAGCCCACAGGAGAGCAGUCUUUCAAUGAGAGCCAAGCUUCUGGACAUGGACAGCAAUGAGAACGGAGAAUCCAAGGAUGACUUUGAGGAGUACAGACCCUCCACCCCUGUCCAAAACGGCUCCUCGGUGAAAGAGCCCCCAAGGCCUACUCUACCUCAGGGGGACUCUGGCAUCGAGGAGGGGGUCUCCCCGGCCGGCUCCCCCAGGCCUGAGCACCGCUCCCUGGGAGGCUUGCUGAGGAGCACCCACCGGGCCCUCCUGGGCGGCGGCUCCCUCCUGGCCUCUGUGGCCCUGGGACGACACCUGGACGUGCCUCACAUCCCUCCCAGGGUUCCCCCCCGGACUAAUCCCCCGCCCCUGGACCACCACCACCUUCUGCAGGAGGUCCCCAUCACGGCCCUCAAAAUCCCCUCCUCCUUGGACCCCCCGGUGGUGGAUGACCUUAUCACCUUCUCCAACUUGGAGCACCUCCCCCGGCCCCUCUUUGACUUCCCCUGCGCCCUGCACGCCCCCGGGGUGAAUCCCCUGCCCCUCACUCCACCUCCGCCUCACCGCCGGGAGAGGGCCUGCCACAGGCACGCCCAGACUCCUCAGAGCCCCCGGAGCCCCCAUUACCAGGUCCAGAGGCAGGCUAGCCCAGCAGACUGGGCUCCGUCCCACCACCACACCAAUGGGGAGGCAGGCUGUGACGCCUGGGGCCAGGGGUCAGACAGGAGGAGGAGGUCCAGCCAAGGCCUGCUCUCUGCCUCUCAACUAGGCCUGGACCUCCCCAUGUGCCAGGACAGUCUGGAGUCAGAAGACAAUCCCUUGGCGGUCCCCUUCUCCCUUUUCCCUGACCCUCGCCUCUGGAGCCCCAAAACACGUCGCCUGGAGGUCAACGUCAUCCCCCGCCCGCGCCCCUCCCCCAUCCGACCCCGCAUCGACCCCUGGAGCUUUGUCUCUGCUGGGGGCGGUGGCGGAGUGUUUGGUGGUGCCCGCAGCCCUCGGCGGUCAGAUAGCCACCCAUUGGGGUACCAGCCCUCGCCCACCAACCCCUUCACGAACUGUGACCCCUUCCCCUCCCCGGACUGCGACCCAUUCUCACUGAGAGCCGACCCAUUGUCAGGCAUUACGCCCGACACGCCCUCGCCCUUUGACCCCUUCUCGCCACCGUUCCCCACCUCCCGCUCGGCACCCUGCUCCACCAACGGGUCCCCAACCCUGCCCACGUUCCGGGUGGCGCCUCUGAACCCGGCCGACUCGCCGCUUAUUGACCUGGGCUGGGCGGCGGUGUGUGGGGUCGGGGUCAAGUCCCUGGAGGUCACCAAAGAGAAGACGCGACCCGGGAGGACUCUGGGACUCAAGCCCUUCAAGUCCCCCACGCAACCCAGAGACGAUCGUUUCUAAACUAAACCUCCAACCCUGGCCUUGCCUUUCUCAUAGCACAGAGUUUAUAGAAGCAUUUUUUUUAAGGAAUGCGGCCCCCAGCCCCCUAAAUGGACAGGUACAGGUUGUGUAUAUCCUGUGUUAGGAAUGAGGAGGAUUUGGAGUCCUAUUCAAAACAAAAAUGACACUCAUGCAUGCUCCCCUUUAGGGGAAAUGGGGUGCCCAAACAGUGGAGUGGUUUCGUGUUGCCUUAGAAACCAACAAGGAAGCUAAGCCUGCCUGCCAUCUAGCUCCGUGACAAUGGAUUGUGGGAGUGGAUUUCUGUGCACAACAAACCAACGUCUGAUGCCCAUUUCAUUCCAGAGGAUUUCUCUCUCACAUCUAUUUUGGAGAGUCCGAUCGGUGGGCUUCUCCAGACUCAAUCAGACGUCCCUCUAUCGCUUCCACUCGUGUCUCUUACUACUUUUUUGAAGUGUGUGGAUAAUAUGAAGCUGGAAACAGCAGCUUGCUUUAUCUGUGGCUCUGUAAGCAUUCAGGGCCUUGGACAUUUAGAGUGCAAUUUGCUUUAUAAAGCAUUUUAAAAGGUUUCUGGUCUUGAGUGGUGAACCUACUUCAGAACCUAUUUUCUAUGAUUUGGCUUAAAGGUGCAAGGACUAGGAGCUAAGUGAAGCUAGGUGCAAGAUAUGACGACGAUUCUGGUCUUACCCUCGACAAACAAACAAACAAAUUCUCAAGCGUGUUUGUCUCUCUCUGCAAUAAAUACCGUGUGAUGGGUCUAUGUGAGAGAGUACUCCAAGUAUGGCUACAGAGGUGCCAUAUCAUCCAAUCGAUAAUUCCUUAGAGAUCCUCUGGAUAUUAAAGCCAAACAAACCCAGGACCCAGGCAUUCCAACAGGAAAAAGAUAACAUUCCAAUAACAUUCUGACCACAUUCCCAAAAUGCGACUGAAUUAUUUGGCAGGUCAGCAGGCGACAAAGCCUGGGUGGACUAGAGGCGCCUCAAAGCACAUUCCGUUCAUGUGGCAAAGAAUGUGACUGCUUCAGCCCACAGCAUUAUACAUGUUUGCCCUUACAGUGUGGUAGGGUGCAUAACUAUAGCCCCUCCCCCAUUUGUCCAGUAUUAUCUACCAGGAUUGGUUCUGUCCAGUCCAACAUGGGAAUACUGUUAAAUCUUGAUUGGAUGAAAUCCUGGAAGUAGCAACUUAAAGAGGAUCACUGAAUAUUACACUCAUUUCUUAGUGACUAAUUGGCAUGUUAGAAGGGAAGCUACAGUAUAAUAACCUGCAAACAAAUUGAUAUCCUCUCACAAGAAAACGUGCCAUUAGAAUCCAAUGGCUGUUUCGUUCUAGGGGAAGAGAGUUUACCCAAGUGGCAAGCUUUGUAAUUAGUCUUAAUGACUGUGCUGACGAACUGAGUGAUAAUAUUAAUUAGGAUUGUGAUAAGGACAGGGUUAAUUUAUUAACAUGGAGAUAUUUGCCUAAUUGAUACAUUUCCCCCAACAUAAAGUUUAGACUAAAUGAGUCGGAUUCUUUAAAGGGAUUUAAGCAGUGCUGUUCGAUAUCGCAUCCACGGCAGGAGUCCCCUUUUAAUGCGAUUCCAGAUGAUACAGAAGCCUGCCCCCUUUAGAGCAAUGCCUCAUUAUAAGGGCUUGGAGUUUUUCCUGACCAAUGGACAUGACCAGGGGCCCAGAGUUCUUCGUUCCUGGUCAGGUCGCGGGACCAGGGGCCCAGAGUUCUUCGUUCCUGGUCAGGUCGCGGGACCAGGGGCACAGAGUUCUUCGUUCCUGGUCAGGUCGCGGGACCAGGGGCCCAGAGUUCUUCGUUCCUGGUCAGGUCGCGGGACCAGGGUCACAGAGUACUUCGUUCCUGGUCAGGUCAGAUGGUCAGCAGAGACUCCUAGCCUUACCCACCACUUAUAUCCCCCUUCUUCUCAGGUCAGGCAAACUGCUCCUCUCUUGAUCCAAAGAGAUUGGGUCCGUUUUCGCUUCACGCCAUUGACUACUGACUGGACUGCAUCUCAACCUACAAGGUGCCUCCCCUCUCUACCUCUCCCCCUAUGUGAUGUGCACAUAACUACUUAGAGACAUAUCAUCUUUGAUCUUUGUCAUCGUUCUUAUUGAGAUUUGUUUGAGAGGCAGGUGUGGCCUGAGACUACAGUAUAUGUCAACCCCAAAUCGGUCUGUCAUCAUUUCAUAUCCGAUAAAGAACAGAAAGUGAGCAUUCAUUCCAGGCGAAGAUACGUGUACUAUGGAAUUUAAAUUGUGAUUAUUGGAAAUAAACAGCUAGCGGUGUCAAUGUCUGAGUCGAUAAGGGCAGUCCAGUGCAACUCUGAGUCGGAGUGGUCUAGUCAUCACCAAAGGACAAGGAAAUGGCCAAGGAUGUUUAGGAUUAUAAAAGUCAAUUGCAAAAAGUAAUUUUAUUCCCAUUCAUAGUAUUACAAAUUGGUAUUUCAAAAGGGUCCUUUCUAGGUUUAGUUUGUAGAUUUGUAAACCAUCCAUGCAGUGCCCUGUGACACUGAAUGCUCAAAUACACCCUUAUUGUACUGACUUGUGUUCCAACCCAACACCCCACGGUGUGUGUGAAUGCCUGCCAAAAAACUAGUGUACAUAUAUGGAAUAGGGUGCCUUUGAAUAUAGAGCAGCUCCUCUGCUCUGCGCCCCUGGCUUUUCCCUCUCCCAUCACAGAGUCAUCUAAAGCUGUGGCAGGUGUGUUAUUGCCUACUAUACUAGUCCAUACAAGACCCCUGCACUUUAGCCUCAACAUACAAGUCAACAGACAACCCCUGUAAUACCCAUAGGGAUGAAACUGAAGAGCAUCGGUAUUGCUGCCUGUCCGUCUGUCUCGUCAUGUGUCAGUCUGUCUCGGUCCAAGCCCUCAUGUCCGUCUCAGUUCUUCAAGGUCUUAUCUGUGAUAUCCUUUACACCACACUCUGCCAGUCGGAUGUGUCCAACCCUUUAGAAGCUGUAGUGUAGUGCACAGAUAACCCCAAAGAGAGUUUACUCAACUUAUGCCUCUCUACAUUUUUGUGAAGUUGUAUGUUUGCUUUACUAAGGGCACAGUCACUAUCCACCUAUGUGAUGAUCUUGUGUAGAUGAUCAGUUUGACUUCGUUUGAUUGUUUUAGGGUCAAGAGUCAGAGUGAUCAGUUUGAGGAGUCUGUUUUGAUCUUGGCAAGCCAUCAGACAAGCAGAGACAGUGGAAUCUCCCCUUCAUGUUGGGUGUCAUACUACACUGGCAGUGAGAUUGAACAUUUACAAUUUUCUUGAAAUAACUAGCUGUAUUUGUAUUUAUUAUGGAUCCCCAUUAGCUGCUGCCUUAGAUGGACUCUUCCCAGGGUCCAGCCAAAUUAAGGCAGUUAAAACGAUACAAUACAUUCACAACACAUUAAGUGUGUGCCCCCUCAGGCACUUUCUCCACUGCCACUUAUCUACAGUACAAAAUCCAUGUGUGUUUGUGCCUGUGUUUGUGUCUCUUCACAGUCCCUGCUGUUCCAUACGGUGCAAAGGUCAUUAGACGAUAAACUUUGGGAUGACCUUUCGGUUGUACACAAUUCAAAUUCACUCAGGAUGUCUGAAUAGAAUCAAAAGUCUACCUUAUCUCCCUGGCCUUAACCCAAUUGAAAGAAAAAAACCCUCCGCCCUUGUUUCUCUCUUUUGAUUAUCUCCAUGGUCUUCUAACCUGGUCAUGGUGAUGACAGGUUUUUGGACAGGAAACUAGAUUCCUUGAGCGCUCCUAGACCGCUGUCGGGUCGCGCCGCUGGUCCCUUGAUUGAUGCGGAUGACAGGCGGCGCUCCAAUAAGAAUCUCCUGACGAGUUGUUUGUGACGCGCCGCCCUUUCAGGCAUUGCCUCAUCCGUCAUGGCGAAUCGGCGUCCCCCCAUCCGUGCUGACAGGCCUGAAUGAAACAGAACUUUGCAGAGGAGGAGAGGAAAGUAAGCCAAUAGACCAUGUUAGGUCUCUAGGACAAAUACUGGCUUCAUUCAUGCAUACUUUGUCCAUUUGUGUCAAGCCUUGAGGUGUAUCAGUUAGUAACAUAACCAAAUUAUUGAAGCUCUUUUAUUUUCACUUAACAAAUCGCAACGGGUCUAUUACGGUAAUUGCUUCCUGCCUCAGCCAAGGCAUGCUCGCCCUCUCCUUCAUCGUUAGUGGAGAUUUAGGGCCGGACGCGGCUCAUUUACCCAGCAUCCUCGCUACUUACCUGGACUGAAUGAAUUAGACGUUCAUUCAAAUAAACCCGAUUUAUGGACUCCAUUUCCACCCUCUCGUACCCAGCUAUUAUUACCAGAGGGGGAUUAUGUCUCUUUGUGAACACCUGUCAUGUACUUUUGUUCUGCAUGAUGUUGUCAAACAAAAUGAUUAAAGAUUACCUUUACCAACCGUGGGGGAAAAUAGUCUCUAGGGAGCCAACAAUGUGUGAGGCUAAGCCAAUACCAGGCGUCGUCUAGUUCUGAAGCCAGCUCUUAAGCCUAUUUCUCAUCUGUUUUCGUCUGAAUGCUCUUCAAGGUCACAAUCGGUUGUCCUCUCGUUCAAAUGAUAACAGUUAAGAUGCCUAAGUCAAAUAAAUGAGGCAGAUUUGUUUCCAAGACAACCACACUAGAGAACCACACUUGGGCUCCCGAGUGGCUCAGCGGUCUAAGGCACUGCAUCUCAGUGCAAGAGGCGUCACUACAGUCCCUGGAUUGAAUCCAGGCUGCAACACAUUGGCCCAACGUCAUCCGGGUUUGGCCAGGGCAGGCUGUCAUUGUAAAUAAGAAUUUGUUCUUAACUGGCUUGCCUAGUUAAAUAAAGGUUGAAAAAAUAUAUAUAUAUACACACACACAGGGAGGAUUCAAAAUAUAGUACACUUUAGAGGAAGCGAUUGGCUGUAGACUAAACAAUUACACAUGCAUGUGCUUUUGACACAUCUUUGUUAAUUGCUCAUACAGGUAACGGCUUUCUUUCUUACACUCGGUCAAUAGUCAAACAGGACAAUAAUAAGAGCAGUUUGGCUACGGAGGAGACGCAUCUAGACCUUGGAACUAAAUAACCACAGAUUGGCCCAUGCGUCGUUCUCCCACACUUUAUGAACUGAACUGAACAAAUCUGAACUUUUAUUUAACUAGGCAAGUCCUUACACAAAAGCAUAUGGAACACAUCAAUUGAAUAAACCAAAUUAGAAUAUCUCUGAUGGAGCUGUCAGAGAGGUUUACCCUGUCAACCUGAAUUAGACUGAUUCCGAUAAAGGAAGUAUCUGAUUUCUCUCUCUUGUCUUUUCGGUUUAUUUGAGUAAACAGUUCAGAUGCAAGAUACUUGGGGGGUAUUUGUUGGUAUAGGUCAUCUCCCUAAAGUCCUGCUUAAAUGGACUAAUUUAAUCAAAAUCGUCAAACAAUAAGUAACCUAUAAAAGAUUAUUUGGAUGGUGCAAUUCCCUCGGAUAUGUUCGGACUCACACUCAGAUAAUCACAGUACUGUACACAGUGCAUUUGGAAAGUAUUCCAACAUUUUGUUACGUUACAAUCUACACACAAUGGGGUAUUGUGUGUAGAUUGAGGGGGAAAAAUGUAUUUAAUCCAUUUUAGAAAAAGGCUGUAACGUAACAAAAUUAGAAACAAGGGAAGGGGUCUGAAUACUUUCCAAAUACACUGUAGUAUUCCUUACUAUGACCAGCUCCCAUCAGCUUGCUAUGGAGUUUUAUAUAGGGUGACAAGUGAUAGGAUAUCCUAUUUUUAUAAUGGCCCUUUUUCUAUUUUAAACACUGGACUUAAAACAUUUUGAAGAGGGCCAGAGACUGUCUACGUUAGGAUGCUUGAUUGCUUCAUAUUUUUGGGACGACAUAGUUUUUAAUUGUAUUUCACUAUUAGGUUUUCAGUGGAGUAUUUAAGAUGGAACAGUAUGGGUGUUUCAGUGGGGGAAAACUCUGACGUUCCUGCUUCCAAAUUGAACCAAAUGGUUCUGUAAAAUCUCUCUAGCCAUAAAUAUUUUUCGAGCGAUAUCCUUCUGACUUGUACAUUGAACAAGAUCCCAACCGGAGAUCCAUUCGAGGCACCCAUACUGAUAGACUGCUAUCAACCUAGUAGAGAUGAGGUCUUCAGUUUGACUGAAAUAUGUCUUGACAACAGUGGACAUUUUGUGACCUCCUCCCUGUCUUUGUAGAAUAUAUAUUUGCUUUCUUCAAAACAUAGGCUAUGUGAUGAGUAUUAUGUUGCGUUUCCUCAAAGCAGUACAUUUUCCCAGAUUUGGGGCUCUAUUCAGUCUGUAUCGCUGAAGCGUUACAGAUUUUGCGAAUAGAAAUUUAAAGGUAAUUUCUGAGUGAGCCGACAUAUGCAGCAUUUACCUGGAAUGCUGUCUCCGCCAACGCGGGAACAUUGCCUUUAAAUUUCAGCUUGGCAAUAGGAAUUGAAUAGAGCCCUUGGUUUCUGUUCAUAUGAGUUUGUCGUUGGGCUUUGAGAGGAUGUCGUCAUUUGUUGAGUUGUUUGUGAAAUCCGCACUGGGCUGGGCCUAAUCAAAAACUAUUUUAUUGUUGUGCAUCAGAGGCGUGUUUGUGUGUAUGUGUGAGAAUGUAUGUACUUGUUUUUUCCACAGUUUAACCUGUGGAAAAACAUAAAGGAAACACUCAAAAAGAAAAUGAGACCAAAUAAAAUGUAACACAACCCUGAGA